CCUAAGCAUCAACAGGCAGCUAUACAAAAGAAAUUAAAUAAUAUUAUUAAUACUCCACUGAUAAUUUUGCAAAAUCCUCAAGUUACUCAUACUAGAGGAAGACCUCUUGGUGUUUAUAACUACCAAACAAAUAACUCAACAAGAAGAGAUCUUUCUGGGUAUAAGUUAGUAGAACACAAA